CAUUGUCAUUUAAUAAUCGUACGCGAUUCAGUAUUCUGCGCAUCUUUCGAGAUCCGUUUGAGAGUUCUUGUUCUGUGUGGGUUUUGGACUUUUAGGUUGGUGUUGUGUGCAGAGGAAAAUCUGCUGUGGGUACGCGAAUCGAGUAUAAUUUAGUGGACGAUUAUUUAGAAAGUGUGUUUUAAACAAAAUUAUAACCUAACUAUAACGUUUUUAGCAUUCUAGUAACAAACUUGAUUGUGAUAUUUUAUACCUACAUGGGGCGUAUGCCUUGGAAGCAGUAGUGGCUACUUUACCCUAUUAACUUCUUGCCGAGUUAUCGGCCGUUUGUCCGGUGAUUUAUCGAACUUCAGUGAACUUUGUUUUGGAUUAGUAUAACUACGAUCUCACACAAUGGCCGAUACCAGUCAGGCGGAGCUUCCGCCACAAACCAACGGCAUUUCCGACAUCGACGACGAAGAAAGAACCAAAAUGAGACCCGUCGACAUUGACGCGGAUGUGAAAGAGAUGGAAAGAAGGAAAAGAGUGGAAUCGAUCAUGAACAGCAGGCUGUUCCGGGAAGAACUCGAGAGAAUAAUAGAGUCGCAGCUGAAGGAUGGGUCCGGACCGAGCGGAUUGCUUCAGCAGAUUUCCGACAUGGUCGGCGUGAACAAGCAAUCUGGAAACGUCUUCAAAAAUUCCAGUUGCGUUAUUCCCAUCAAUGAUAUAAGAGGCAUCGAAGCUAUGGGGUACGCUAAAGGAGAGAAGCUUCUGAGGUGUAAAUUGGCUUGUCUCUACAGGUUGAUCGAUCUGUACGGGUGGGCUCAUGGCUCAAGUACACUCAUAACUGCCAGGUUGAACCAGGACGAUGAGCAGUUUUUGGUCAACCCUUAUGGAAUGUUAUUUCAUGAAGUAACUGCCUCCAGUUUGAUAAAAAUUGAUAUGCAAGGUGGUGUUAUCGAACAGGGCACCACGAACUUUUCGGUAAACAUCGCAGCAUUUUCUUUGCACGCCGCAGUUCAUUCAGCUCGACCGGACAUCAGAUGCAUCAUCCAUGUUCACACACCUUCUGUCGUAGCCAUAUCCUCGCUCAAACACGGUAUUUUGCCCUUGAGUCAGGAAUCCGUCGUUAUCGGUGAAGUCAGCACGCACACAUACCUCGGUGGUCUUCUCGACCCCGAAGAAAAAGACAAACUAGCCAGAAAUCUUGGACCAUCGAACAAAAUCCUUCUUCUUUCCAAUCAGGGAGCCCUAUGCUGUGGCGAGACUAUAGAAGAGGCGUUCUUCAAUGCCAGAAACACCGUCCUAGCCUCAGAAUCACAGCUCAAACUCCUGCCCAUAGGAAUAGACAACUUAGUAUUGAUCAACGACGAAAUUAGAAAAAGAAUUUAUGAUGCAGCACACAAGCCUCCGGAAAGCACACCACGACCUGACCAGCCCUCCAUAUUAGAGUCGAAAGUUGAGAGAAAAUGGAGAGUUGGUGGGGUGGAAUUUGAGGCUCUGAUGAGGAUGUUGGACAAUGCUGGUUUCAGAACGGGUUAUAUUUACAGGCAUCCAUUGGUGAAGGGUGAUCCUCCAAGACCUAAAAAUGAUGUGGAAGUACCCCCGGCAGUUUCUUCUCUGGGAUAUUUGCUUGAGGAAGAAGAGUUUUACAAACAAGGACUCUGGAGAAAACUGGAAGGAGGACGAAAAGGUAGCGAUCGCAGCCGUUGGCUGAACUCUCCGAAUACAUACCAGAAAGUUGAAAUCUUGGAAACUGGAACUGCCGAUCCUAAGAAGAUUACAAAGUGGGUUGCGGAUGGAUCCCCUAGCCAUUCAACGCCAGUGAAAAUAGACGAUGCCCUUCAGUUCGUUCCUAAAGGCACCAACCCCAAGGAAUUCAAACAAAAACAGCAGCAGAUUAAAGAUUAUAGAAGAGCCGACAAGAUAUCUGCCGGACCUCAGUCCCACAUUUUGGAGGGUGUAACAUGGGAAGAAGCCAAGAAAAUGCAAGAUGCUACAGUAACUCAAGCUGGCGAUCACGUUGUUCUUAUGGGUGCAGCGUCUAAAGGGAUUAUCCAAAGGGGACACCAACACAAUGCCAUGGUAUACAAAUCACCGUAUGCAAAGAAUCCGUUCGAUUGUAUAACCGACGAAGAACUUGACGAGUAUAAGAAAGUUGUUGAGAAAAAAGUCAAAGGAGAUUAUGAUACAGAUUUUAGCGAAUCCGAGGGUCUUUCAUCCGCAGCAUUAAAUAAAAGAAUGGAUGAGGUGCACAUAAGAUCUCCCACAUCUGUAACUAGUGAAACAGAGGAGGAAAGCCGAGAUGAACCUCAAAUAUUGCGAAUAGAAACUAAAACGGCUCCAAGACCUAGUCAACCAGAAGUAGUUUUAAGUGAUG